AAAAACCAAGGCGUUAUAUAUUAGUGUCAUUAGUUUGAGUCUGUGCUCACUGGAGAUUUUUGUCAGCCCAGUGAGAAUCAGAGUUGUAAAAAUGCCCUAAAUCCCCCUUAAUGAAGGUUAGUGUUACAUUUAUUUUGAAGCAGUGACGGAAAGGUGGUAAUUCAACUGCGUGAUCAUUUUAGAGGAUGUAGUUUGUGGACAAACCUUGGUCUCUCAUUUUGUGGAUGACCUGUUUUAACAUUAACUGCUUGAAAUUAUAUAUGUAUAUAUAUCUUUUUUUUUCUUGUUUAUUUUUCAGUGCUCCAGCCACAAUAGUUAAAAAUCAAAUCUUUGAAACCUGUUCAAAUAAAAAUGACCUUGAAAAUGACCAAGAAUACAACAGUGGAAAAGUGCAUGGGGCAAUCUGCUAGUCACUUGACCUGGCUCUUUUACUUGCACCAGGAAAACGUGCUGUGGAAAACUUAAAAAAAAAUUAUACUAGGCCAAAAUGAAGGGUCAUAGUAAUGGUGACUUUGACCUUUUUUUUUCUUUUUUUAAGUCACGUUGUCAAACUAUUUUGUCUUAUCUUCACGGUUCAAUGACAUGUUUUUGGCACGGGGCACCAGACUUCACACAGGCAAAUUGUGGAUUCCUGAUGACGCUAAUGUUUGACAACAGGACAUCGUAUAUUCAUAUCAUUCACCCUGAGCACUGACCCUCCUGAAGAUUGUGGGGCCAGUAGUCUGCCAGCUAUUUAUAAAUGACAGUGUUGCAAAUGGAUACUCCUCAUCAACUGAGACAAAGCUGGUCCACAAUAUCAACAAAACCAGGAAAUAAUUCAGCACGUCCAGACACACACAGACGGAUGAUAGAGAUGGAGGACUUUUUUUGUCUGUUUGUUUUUUUAGAAACUUCUUGUUGUUUACUUUGAUGGGAUUGUCAAUUAUAUGUUUAUUUUGUCAUGACUUGGUGACUUAUAAAGAGUUUUGUAAUUCCUGUUCACAUAUGAAGAGGAAGUAAUGUCAGGAACACAACACAAUCACUAGCUGUGAGGUCAGUGUUUGAACAUGUAGUAAAUAAAAAGAAAAAAGCAAGAUGAAGGAGCGGUUGUAUAACAUUAGAUUGCAUGUAUUCAUUGUGCAAUAUGUGCCAUGAAGCAUUGAUACGAGAAAGUUCAAUGUGCACGUGAACGCAGCGUUUAACAAAAGCGACUUUUAUUUUGAAGGCGAAGACUUGAAGCUGCUGUACAUGUAAACACUGCAACGCUAACUGGUUUCCGGCCAUGUCAUCGUGCUCAGCCCUCCUGAACCGGCGCGUAGCCAGAUCCUGCUGCAGGUUGGGGUGCAGUGUUCCUCGGCCACUCGUCCACAUCAGAUCAUCCAGUGUAGCUGAGCCAGGGCCAAGAAGAUCUGAUGAGGAGCAUUUCUGGGAGGCAGCGGGCUACCUGCCCUUUGCCAGAGCCAGGAUAGGUCCUUUUUUUCAGGAACAGCCGGUGUUGAAGAACACAUUUCUGGAGGAUGCUUUGCUCAGAGGGUACCUGAGCAGACACCUGCCCCAGGAUGUGGUUUUCUCAGACUUGUGUGCAUUUGGAGAGCGUGUGGCCAAAGAAGUGGACGGGUGGGGUCGAGAGUGUGAGGUCACUCCUCCGCGGCUGGUACACUUUGAUCCGUGGGGGCGCAGAGUGGACCACAUCGCGACCUCCCCAGCCUGGAAACGCAUGAAAGACCUGUCAGCACAGGAGGGACUAGUCGCCAUCGGCUACGAGAGAUCACUUGGGGAGUGGAGUCGUGUGUACCAGAUGAGCAAGUUGUACAUUUUCUCUCCCUCGUCUGGUCUGUACACCUGUCCUCUGGCCAUGACUGAUGGAGCUGCAAAAGUCAUUCAGUCCAUGGGUGUCUCGUGGCCAGUGGAAGAAGCCUUUGGUCGUUUGACCACUCGUCAGCCUGAACGUUUCUGGACGUCUGGACAAUGGAUGACAGAGAGACAGGGAGGAUCUGACGUGGCCAGCGGCACCGAGACGGUGGCUGUUCCCCAAACAGACGGCUCAUACAAGCUGCAUGGCUUCAAGUGGUUCACGUCUGCCACGGACGCAGACAUGACUCUCACACUGGCCAGAGUGCAGGACAGGACGGGAGCGACCACACCGGGAAGCAAGGGUUUGUCCCUGUUUUAUGCAGAGGUGAGCCGAGACGAGGACGGCCGACUGAGAGGGAUAGAGGUUCAGAGACUGAAGGACAAGUUGGGAACACGUCAAAUGCCGACUGCUGAGUUACUCCUGGACGGCCUGCCAGCGCACAGGCUCUCGGAGGAAGGCAGAGGUGUGGCCUCCAUAGCUAACAUGCUAACUAUAACCAGAAUCCACAACAGCAUCGCCGCAGCAGCUGCAAUGAGACGGGUGCUCCACUUAGCCCGUGACUACGCCAGUCGCCGUACAGCUUUUGGAAAGCUUCUUAAAGACCAUCCACUGCACAUGCAGACUCUGUCUAGAAUGGAGGUGGAGACUCGUGGAGCUUUUCUCCUCGUGAUGGACGUGUGUCGUCUCUUGGGCCGAGAGGAGAGCGGCAUCGCGACCCAGCUUGACGCGCACCUUCUACGUCUGCUCACGCCCGUGGUCAAACUCUACACUGGGAAGCAGGCGGUGGCUGUGGUGUCGGAGGGUCUGGAAAGCUUUGGUGGACAGGGCUACAUUGAGGAUACUGGGCUGCCCGUGCUACUUCGUGAUGCACAGGUGUUGAGUAUAUGGGAAGGAACAACAAACGUCCUGUCUCUGGAUGUGCUGCGCUGUGUCGCUCGCAGCUCAGGAAUGGUUCUAAAUGCUUAUUUUACCCGUGCCAAGUCUAUUCUUGCUGAUGCCUCAAGUGUCUCCUCACUGGCACCAGCUGUGAAAGCGGUGGACAGCGCUCUUUCUGAACUGGAGGAGUUUGUCCAGGCAGCAGCCACCAGAGCUCCCGGCUACAUGGAACUAGCAGCGAGGGACCUGGCAUACAGCCUGGCUCGCAUCUACGCAGGUGCCCUUCUCAUUGAUCAUGCAUGCUGGGAAGGUGCUUCUCCAUGUGACACCUACGCAGCUCUCAGGUGGUGUGAACAAGAUUUGUGUCCUGUGUCGACUAAGCAGAGGAGAGGCUACUAUGACUCCAGCACUCCACCACUUGACGCUGCGUUGGUCUAUGACCAGCCGAAACAAAGCUGAACCAUCACUGAAUACGUUGAUGGCUUGAUCUCCUAUUGCAAAGCACAUAAAUAACAUAGCAGCACAUAGAGCUACUGGACAUCACAAAUUCUGCUUAUGUGGAUGACGGAAAUCAUGUUAUUGAAAAUAAAAAUGUGGUCCUUAAUAAGCAAAGCAGUGCAACCGGAACUGAGGUUUCUGACGCAAUGUAGUUUUGUCCAUUUGCUAUUUUUGAUAUGUAUAUAAAAUGUCUGCGUUUUGUCUGCAAUAAAUAUGAAACUAUAGAUUAAAAUAAA